AGAAGAAGAAGCUCUUACCUGAUUGGCUGCAGGUCCGACCAAUGACAGCACAAAGCGCCAAGAGGAAACAUGGCGGACACAGAAAGCAGGAGCAAGACAAGUUAAACCUGAACGUUUUCUGGAACCAAAACCUUCUCUGACCCAGAAUCGCCUCGGAACCGGGACCUUCUCUCCAGACAUCAUGUCCCUCCAAACGUCCUGUGGGUCGCAGAAAAGGCCGCUCUGCUCCCUCCUCGCUGGCCGCGGCUUAAAGAAGCCAAAGCUUGAUGAUGGUGAGCGGCUGCAGGAGGCCGCGGUCCAGCUGCUGGACCGGAACCAGAACCUGUGCAGCCUGUUCCAGGAGCUGCAGAACCCGGAUCCAUGUCGCAUGAUCUGCUUCCAGAACGUGGAGCAGAACCGAAACCCGGAGCAGAACCAAGCAGCGUCUGAUGCUGACCCUUUGAACGUUGCAGGACUGCUAGUGGGGAGCGAACUGCGGCGUCAGGCCGAGCGACGGGGCGUCUCCGUCGGAGCCGUGUCGGUGAAGACGAUGUUGGACAGACUGGAGGAGAUCGUUGGGGGACAGGAGGACAAACUGAGGCAGAUGUUCACGUCUUCUCAGAGAGUCCAGUUGCAGGUUCUGUUGGAGGCUGGCAAACUGCUGCUAUACCAAGGAGUUUUUUGCCCCAGGCUGCUGUGGGCGGAGUACCGAAGAGAUCAGAAGCAUCCUCACCUGGAGCUGCUGUACUUUCUUCACCUUUACAACAUCCUCACUCUGGACUACAUCAUAGAAAGUGAUGACGCCGUCGCAUCAUGGCUGCCCGGUCAGUUAAAGGCUCUCUGCUGCUGGACGCCUCCGCAGGAGGAAGAGGAGACCAGACGAGUUCAACAGGAAGUUUUAUCCACCGUGGUUGGAGUCCUGGUGGCAUCGCCGAGGAGUUUGGUACUGGAUGAGCUGCUUCACUGGUUUCUGGACAUCAAGGAAGAGUGCGAUGAAGGAGCAGAGCGAUGGAUUCAGACUCUUGAUGCUUCACUGUGUGGAGGUUCAGUGUCACCAGAAGCUCUUCAGCGGUUCUUUGCUCACUGCCUGACUCAGAUUUUCACCUGGAAUCCUCAACUGACAGUGUCGGACGCUGUGACUUCGCAGAACGACUGGACGGUUGCUAAAGCCGGCCGCCGUCUGACCUCGCUUUGCUGCAAGCUGGCUGCGAUCUUCAGCGUGGAGCAGCUGCUGCAUCACCUGCAGCAGGUUCUGGAAACGCACGAGGUCAACUGGAAACACGUCUUGGUCUUUGUCUCCACCCUGCUGGUUUACGACCAGUUGGCCCAGCCCAGCCUCAGCGAGUUGUUGUGCCACCUGCUGAGCUCGGCGUUCAGAGGCUACGAUCUGGAGAAGCUGAUCACCGCCUUCCUGCUGGCCCGGCAGGGGGCGCUAGAGGGCGCCGGCGUGUUUCCAUCCUACACUGACUGGUUCAAGAUGUCGUUUGGCGGACGCUCCGGUUUCCACGCCGGCAGUAAGAAGUCUCUGGUGUUCCUGCUGAAGUUCCUCUCUGACCUCGUGCCCUUUGAACCUCCUCAGUACUUAAAGGUUCAUAUUCUUCACCCUCCAUUUGUGCCUCCAAAACACCGCAGCCUCCUGAUGGAGUACGUCACGCUGGCGAAGACCCGGCUGGCCGACCUGCAGGAGUCGGUGGAGGACAUGGGUUUGUAUGAAGAUGUUUCUGCUGCCGGUGCUUCACUUCAGAGCCAGGCUGCGCAGGACGUGGAGAAAGCUGUGUGUCUGUUUGAGAGCAGCGGCAGGAUCCCUGCAACAGUCAUGGAGGCCAGCAUUUUCCGGAGGCCGUACUUUCUAACCAGGUUCCUUCCUGCGUUGCUGAAGCCCAGAGCGGUGAGAACCUUCAGUGUGUUUGUCAGAGCGGUGAGAACCUUUGGUGUGUUGAGCAGAUUUUUCUCGUCCUUCCAGCUUCCUCUCGAAGCCGAUGCUCAGAUGAACUUCAUUGAAGCUCUGAAACAAGCAGAGAAGAUCCCAGCUGCCCAGUAUUCCCAGUAUGUGGAGUCCUGUCAGAAGCGAAGACAGCAGAGCGGAAGCCCUCAGCGCCCCGGAGUCCCGCUGGCCGUUCUGCAGGAGCAACUGCAGGAAUUCACCGAACUGCUGGCAGCAGGACGGGACCCAGAGUCGUUGGCCCAGCUGUCCAGGAUUUCUCACACCCUGAGUGUCGUGUGUCCCGGUUCUGAUGACCCGGUUGGACCGGCCGCCGCCCCCUUGCUGCCCGAGCUCCUCCUGAAGGUAAACCUGGUUCUGGUUCUGGACCAUGUUGGGUCUGCGGUUCUGAAGCGUUUGUGUUGUGAUCUUCAGGUGGCUGAUUUAAUUCUGCAAAGUUUCUGUCAGAGUCUGCUGGUCGCUUCCAGAGGAAAUCCUCCCAACAGACAGAGUUUGUGGGGCAGCAGGUUCGUCUGCGUGCUGCUCGAUAACCGGCAGCUUCUCUCCAGUGUAAUCCACAGACUGAAGGAUCUGUUUAACCGACAGGCAGCUUCUCUGAAACCGGCUCACAUCCUGGGCCUGGCAGCCUUCAUCGUCCACCUGCAGGCGGCUCAGCCGGGUCCGGCCCAGCCGGGUCCGGUUUCGGUAGAAGAGGCUCUGGGUUCGGCCGUGUUGAGCGGCAGUCGGAGCAGCAUGCUGUUCUCUGUCAGGCUGGCUGUGGCUGCUGUGUCCUAUGGACUCUGCAGAGGACAGUCUGCGUCUCCACAGCGACUGCAGGACUUUGUCCCCAGGAGCCUUUAUAAAAAGCUCCUGUUCCUGGUCCCAAGGCUGUUCCCUGAGGCCAGGAUACGUCCAGAGGGACAGGGGGGAGACGGUCCAACAGGCGGCCAUCUUGGGGACGGUCUGUCUCUGCUGUGGAGCUUCACUGAUGGAACCAGCUGGACGAAGACGGUGCUGCAUCUGUGGAGACACGCUGCCUUCCAGCAGCUGCAGCAACUGCAGCUGUACCAGUUGUGUUUUUCAGAGUGGCUGCAUGAAGAGCUGAGAGUCCAGAGAAACUCAGAUGUUUUGUCGGACGCAGAGCGGCAGGAGUACCAGCAGUGGGCCUGCUGGGAGCUUUAUCUGCCCCGGCCAGAGGAGCAGGGAGGCUGUGGUGGCGACCCCAGGGUGCUCUGCUCCCGUCUGCUGACCGCCGUCAUGGAGCCGCCACCCAGUAGGGAGAUGAACCUGGAAAACCUGGACUUUUCUCCAGGAUCGUCUGGAACUGGAACCUGUUUGCCGGACCUGCUGUCCAGAUUACAGGAGCUGGUCUACGAGGCAGAGGUCGGUGAACUCUCGGGUCGCCGGGGGCAUCUGGGGGACUUCCUGCUCCGGGUCGUGUCUGAGAAAUGCUCCGCCUCCUCUGGCAGCAUCUCCUCCAGGCUCAGCCUGCAGAGAACCAUGGAGGCCUGGAACAGGGUGCUCCUGACACUGCCACCCGCGAUGUUCUUCAAAAUAAAGGCUGAAGCAGGGCGGAGCAUUGUAGACUGUAGCCAGCUGCUGCAGCACAUCACACAGCUUCAGAGGAAGGCGUGUCCUCCAGCCGGCGUGCUGCCCUGCGCGGUGACAGUACAUCUCUUGAAGGGCCUGCUCUUUGCUGUGGGACAGUGUGGACGUCCAGCAGCAGAAGUGGACCGUGUCUGGUCCUUGAUGAGCACCUCCUGUCCUCUCCUCCUCAUCUCUGCAGUGCGUUGGUGGCAGCAGAUUUCUCCGGUUCUGGUUUCACUCUGGAUUCGCCUCCAGGAUGCAGAACCUUUUCCAGAGCAGCUGCAGCUUCUCUCAGCCUGCCGACUCUGGGCCUGCAGUCUGAGAGCAGGUCCGGUUCUGGUCCAGAUCCCUCCAGGUCCGGUUCUGGUCCAAGCCGCCAGCCUGCAUGGCUCCUUCAGAGGCGGGGCGGAACCCCAGCAGAACUUCAGAGAGGUUCUGGACGGACUGAGAGAGGCUGAGAACCAGCAGGUUCUGGUUUCUCUGCUCUUUCUUUUCGUGACGGACUUCCUGUCAGAACUUCUGGAUCCUCAGGAGAAAAAUUCUGGAAGGUCCAAAUGGUUAUGCUCAGAACUUCUGGCGGUUCUGGUGAACUCAGCUGAUUGGCUGCUGCUCUUCAGGUCCAACGAACUGGACCCGGAACCGGACCCAGUCACCCUGACGGUCUCGGAUGAUUGCAGCCGGUUGAUGCCCUGGGCAGUCUGCAGUUUGCUGCAGCAGCAAAGCGCCGCCUUCCACCAGAGGGCGCUGCGUUGCCCCGGGUUCCUCCACAGCGCCACCCUGUGGUACCUGGCGGUGCUGCGGCUCUUCCUGGACGGAGAGGCGCCGGCCUCGGCGCGCCAGGUGGAACCGACCCGGGUUCUGGACCGCACCAAGCAGUUUGUCCUGAGUUUGAUCCGGCAGGCGCCGGCAGCGGCCCUGAGCUGCAGCCAGUGGAGACAGUUGGAGACUCGCUGUGCGGACCUGGACCCAGAACUGGCUGCAACUCUUUCAAUUCACCUGGACCAUCCUAGGGUGGGCUUCCUCUAGCGGACCGGAACCAGAACCAGCUGAUCUGAUACUGAAUGCCAGACAGUCGACUCGGUUUCAUGAAAACUUUUUAUUUUCUGUUUUUUCUGCAGUAACAUGAAUCCUAAAUAAAAUAAAACCAGUUCCUCCUU